UGAUAUUUGAGGAGGGCUCCGUUCGCAAAGUGUUCAGUUUGAUUUUAUCCAUCCUACAAUCUAGCCAACAUAAUGAUGACACAAACUGAGGUGACAGAGCAAGAGCAGACAUCUCAAAGCUCGAUUGGUUCAAAAGAAAACAACCUAAAAGUUAUCAGCGAUAGUUAUACGACCAUUCUCGAGGCGAUUGGAGAGGACCCCAACCGGGAAGGCCUCAGGGACACGCCUUUGCGUGCGGCUAAGGCCAUUCAGUUCUUCGUCAAAGGCUACACCGACUCCCUGGAUGUGGCUGUUAACAGCGCCAUCUUCAGCGAGAACACGGAUGAAAUGGUGGUGGUGAAAAAUAUUGAGAUGUUCUCCAUGUGCGAACACCACCUGGUGCCAUUUUAUGGGAAGGUAUCCAUUGGCUAUUUACCCAACAAGAAAGUCAUCGGACUGAGUAAGUUGGCUCGAAUUGUGGAGAUCUACUCCAGAAGAUUGCAAAUCCAAGAGCGACUCACCAAGGAGAUUGCCUUGGCCGUCACGGAAGCUGUGGCACCCGUUGGGGUUGGGGUGGUGGUGGAAGCCUCGCAUAUGUGUAUGGUGAUGAGAGGAAUCCAGAAAAUCAAUAGCACUGCCAUUACUAGUUGUAUGUUGGGGGAGUUCCGAGAUGACCCGAAAACCAGGAAUGAGUUCUUGACCUUAGUCAACAAGUAAUGACAUAUUGAGUACAGUAGUGACAAUUGCAUGUUAUAAAAAUAUGGAAUAAAAAUUUGAAGGAUUA